AUGAAAUCUCUUUUUGCACAACUCCUACUUGGCCUUGCCACCACCGCUUUUGCCGUCCCGCAUACCACCCGAGGGAGCUGCGAUCCAUCCGCACUCAACAGCACCUCGUUUGUCUACACAACCACAUCAGAAGAUACCAUUUUCAGCAUUGCCAAGAAGUUCAACCGUGGUGCCUGUGACAUUGCCCGCACCAAUCGAAUGAUCGAUGCCGAGCACCUCUUUGCAGGGUUCGCACUCAUCAUUCCCGGCCAAGUCUGCAAUCCAGACAGCAGCACUUGUCUCUUGACCCGACAGAAUGCCACCGCAACAUGCGUCAAAGGUGGACCACAUGACUACAAGACGAUUGCGGGAGAUACUAUCGAGAAGAUUGCCUUGUACAAGCUGAAUGUCACUGUGGACACAGUCUUCAGUGAAGCCAGCCAGGUGGGUAUCUCGUCGACGACGGAAGAGAUACCCGCUGGCACGUUCAUCAAAAUCCGCCAGUGUGUUCCAAGUGCCUGCACCAUAACCCCGUUCCACUUUACCUAUGGUGUUUAUAAAGAUCUUGCGGAGAAGUUUGGAACCUCGGUUGGCCAGAUCAUGUCCUUCAACGGUGGCUACAACUAUAGCGAUCAUUCGGACGCCGAGGCGGCGUGGAUCACUGUGCCGAUGGCAUGCACAAACCUUACUCUGAAUGUGACCGUAGAGAUUUAG